CGCGCGGACGGAACACGGACGGGAGCGUCGGACGGCUCUCUGCCUCCUUCAAACUGAAGUUCAUCGGUCUCGUUCAGCGAUUUGUGCUAAACACUGUAUUCUUCAUCUUUAACUUUGCCCCGGAUAAACGACAAAUUAGCAAAGUUUCCAAAGAAGGAAACGGUUUGGAACAAGCUUGCAGCGCGUGCCAUGGGAACUUCUCCUCAUCUUUAAUUAUCUCGUGAAUGGAAAACGUCCAAGCACGGGACGCCUGACUGCUUAUGUUCUGCACACAAACCGUGGUCCUUUGAUCGCGAAGAAACCGGAGUGACAGUUUUCGGGACAGGAGGGCGUCUGGAGAUGGAUGCUUUCUUUGUUGAGGGCACCCGUGUGUGGGUGAGGGAAAAGGAUCAGCUCCUUCCAUCCACAGUCAGUCACCGUGACGACAGCUCUAUGGUCCUCACCACAGACUACGGAGAGGUGCUGACUCUGGAGACGGCGGAGGUGUGUCUGGAGCGCGUGUGUGUGAUGCACCCCGACAGUGUGGCCGGCGUGGAGGACAUGUCCUGUCUCACCGAGCUCCACGAGGCAGCCAUCAUGCACAACCUCCACCUACGCUACCACAAGGACCUGAUAUACGUUAACAUCGGCUCCCGUCACAGGCGCGGUGAACCCGCCUCGCUGAUCUCAGGCCUGUAUGAUGGCGCUGCUGUGGCGCUGUACAGUCGCCACCACCUGGGGGAGCUCCCGCCCCACAUCUUCGCCGUGGCCAACGAGUGCUACCGCUGCCUGUGGAAGAGACACGAUAGCCAGUGUGUGCUGAUCAGUGGAGAGAGUGGUGCAGGUAAGACAGAGAGUACCAAGCUGCUGCUGAAGUUCCUGUCUGUGAUGAGUCAGAACUCUGUGGGCACGCCCCCUUCAGAGAGGACGACACACGUGGAGCAGGCCAUCGUACAGAGCAGCCCCAUAAUGGAAGCGUUUGGGAACGCCAAGACCAUCUACAACAACAACUCCAGUCGCUUUGGGAAGUUCAUCCAGCUGCACUUCUCCCAGAGUGGGAACAUCCAGGGAGGAGGCAUCAUCGACUAUCUGCUGGAGAAGAACCGAGUGGUGCGUCAGAAUCCAGGGGAGAGGAACUAUCACAUCUUUUACGCUUUGCUGUCAGGGGCGGAGCGUGACCACAGGGAGCUGUACUUACUGUCCGAGUCUGCGGAGUCGUACCAUUACCUGAGCCAGUCCGGCUGUGUGAAGGACCGCAGUCUAGACGACAAACGGCUCUACCACAGCGUUAUGGAGGCCCUGCAGGUGAUGGAGUUCAGUGAGGAGGAGAUCCGUGACGUGUUUAAGCUGCUGUCGGCCGUGCUGCAGAUGGGCAACAUUGAGUUCAUGACCGCUGGAGGAGCCCAGAUCACCAGCAAAGGAGUGGUCAAUAACGUGAGUGACCUGCUGGGUCUGGACUCAUUCCAGCUGUCGGAGGUGCUUACCCAGCGCUCCAUGAUCCUAAGAGGAGAAGAGAUCUGCUCCCCACUCACCAUCGAGCAGGCCAUAGACUCCCGUGACUCUGUUGCCAUGGCGUUGUACUCUCAGUGUUUCUCGUGGAUAAUCACACGCAUCAACCAGAAGAUUAAAGGCAAAGAGAACUUCAAGUCCAUCGGCAUCCUCGACAUCUUCGGCUUCGAGAACUUCCAGGUGAAUCGCUUUGAACAGUUCAACAUCAACUAUGCCAAUGAGAAGCUGCAGGAGUACUUCAACAAGCACAUCUUCUCCCUGGAGCAGCUGGAGUACAACAGAGAGGGGAUCCACUGGGAGGCUAUUGACUGGAUGGACAAUGCGGAGUGCCUGGAUCUCAUAGAGAAGAAAUUGGGCAUGCUGGCUCUCAUCAAUGAGGAGAGUCGCUUUCCCAAAGGGACAGACUACACUUUACUGGAGAAACUUCACAGCAGACACGCCGCUAACCCCUACUAUGUGAAGCCAAGGGUGGCAGAUCACCAAUUUGGCAUCAAGCACUAUGCAGGAGAGGUGUUGUAUGAUGUGAGGGGGAUUCUGGAGAAGAACAGAGACACCUUCAGAGAUGAUAUUCUAAACAUGUUGAAGGACAGCAGACUGGACUUUGUGUAUGACUUGUUUGAGAGAGUGGGCAGUAGGAAUGGAGAGGAGACCCUGAAGAUGGGAACCGCACGGAGAAAACCCACUGUCAGCUCACAGUUCAGGGACUCUCUGCAUGCCCUGAUGGCCACUCUGAGUGCCUCCAACCCUUUCUUCGUACGCUGCAUCAAACCCAACAUGGACAAGAAGGCUGAUAAGUUCGACCCAGAUGUGGUUCUAAACCAGCUGCGGUACUCCGGCAUGCUGGAGACGGUGAAGAUCCGGCGGGCUGGGUUCCCCGUUCGCAGAACCUUCCAGGACUUUUACAGCCGGUAUAAGAUGCUGGUGAGAAGGAAGACUCCAGUGGGGGAGGAGAGGAAGGUGUGUGCAGAACUCCUGAGUGCACACGACCCCACAGGCAAAGAGUGGCAGUUGGGCAAGACCAAGGUGUUCCUGCGUGAGGUGCUGGAACAGAAGCUGGAGAGAGAGCGGGAGAGCGUGCGGCGUGCAGCGGGCAUGGUGAUUCGUGCACACAUACUGAGCUAUGUGGCAAGGAAGCACUACAGAAAAGUUCUGUCCAGCACGGUCACCAUCCAAAAAAACUACCGGGCCCACUUCUGGCGAGGCCGGUUCCUGCGUUCGCGCUGGGCUGCCGUGGUCCUGCAGAAACACCAGCGUGGGGUCCGAGCCCGACACCACCGCCAACUACAGGAGGAGAAGAGGAGGCACGAAGAGGAGAAGGAGAGGAGGAGACGCGAGGAAGAGGAGAGGAGGAGGCUAGAGGAGGAGAGGAGGAGAGAGGAGGAGGAGGAGCGGAGGAGAGAGGAGGAGGAGAAGAUUCGCCUGCUGCAGGAGGAGCAGGAGAGACAGAGGCGCGAGGAAGAGGAGGAGGAGAGGAGGAGGAGGAAGGCGGAGGAGGAGAGGAGGAGGAGAGAGGAGGAGGAGGAGGAGAGAGAGAGGAAGAGAAAGGAGGCACAGAACAACAGGAACUCGUUGCGAGCCAAUCCGAUUUGCCAGAAGCCGUCGGGCCAGUCGUGUUCGGACGAGGAGUCUCGUCAGAUGGAGGAGAUUUUGCGUCUGGAGCGUGAGAUCGAGCGGCUUCAGCGUCAGCGCGAGGAGGGCAUGUCGCUGCUGGACACGGGCGGCUCGCCGGCCAGCGAGGCCGAGCUGCAGCUGCGGCGCGACGCCGAGAUCCUGCGCCUGGAGAAGGAGGCCUCGCGCGUGGCCACCGAGUUCCUGGAGAUGCUGGACUUCGGCGGCCUGGAGCCCUCGCUGUCCAGCGAGGAGAACCUUCCGGAGGCGGCCGAGCGCAGCGCCACGGCGGCGCCGCCGCUCGCCCGCCACGACGACGAGGAGCUGGACGAGGUCAGCCACGCGGAGGAAGAUGCCGAGGCGGAGGCGGAGGGCGUGGUGGUGCUGGAGGCGGCGGUCGCCGUGACGCUGCCCGAGCUGCCCCCGCCCGCAGCCGCACCCCUGGGGAGGGACGUCCUGGGGUCAGUGCCCCCGCCUCCCCCGGCCUUCUCCCAGGGCCAGCAGUGCGUGUCGUCACCCAUCAUACGCCGGAUGGACGUGCCCCCCCCGCCCAGUCACGCGCCCGCUCCACCCCCCAUGCACCACGCGCUCCACCUGCGCAACACCCUGGGCCGCCCGCACCCGCACGCCCACGGCCACCCCCACCAGCGUCCACUCAACAACCACACACACCACCCACCCCACCUCCACGGGCAGACGCCCACACACGUGCGCGCGGCCAACCCUCCUCCUCCGCCGCCGCCCAUACAGGCCCCCGCGGCCCCACGCAGCGCCAGCAUCAGGAGGAACCUUCCGGAAGCCCUGCCCGCCCAGCCGCCCCCUCCUCCUCCGCCUGCCCCCUCGGGCCUCACAUGGGAGCCGUCCCACUUCACGCUGGUGCCGGAUGGGGAGGCGGAGGGCGAGUCCGACUACGACCAGGAGGAGUACGAGGAGACGCAGGGGAGCAGCGGGGAGGGUCACCUGACCGACGAGGAGGUGCUGAGGAAGUCCUCCUGCACAUACAACAGCCUGGACUCAUACAGGGGCAGCUCUGACUCGUUUAUUGAGAGUGAUGAAGAUAAUGACGGCUUCGUGGACACAGAUGAGGAGGUGUCCAACGGAAGAGUGACCAUCUUCAACGGCAACGGACCUCCCUACUUCCACAGCUAUCUCUACAUGAAGAGCGGGCUGAUGAUCCCUUGGCGUCGGCGCUGGUGCGUGCUGAAGGACGAGACGUUCAUGUGGUUCCGUGCGAAGCAGGAGGCCCUGAAGAGCGGCUGGCUCUACAAGAAGGGCGGCGGCAUGUCCACGCUGUCGCGCCGCAACUGGAAGAUGCGCUGGUUCGUGUUGCGCGACGCCAAGCUCAUGUACUUCGAGAACGACAGCGAGGAGAAGCUCAAGGGAACCAUCGAUAUCCGCGCCGCCAAGGAGAUUGUUGAUAACCAUGUGAAGGAGAAUGCUCUGAACAUCGUCACCGACGAGAGAACGUACCACAUCUAUGCGGAGUCACCAGAGGAUGCUAGUGGCUGGUUUAACGUGUUGAGUCGGGUGCACAGUGCCACCCCUCAACAGCUUCUGGACAUGCAGCAUGAGCAGGCCAACCCCAAAAAUGCUGUGGGAACUCUGGAUGUGGGAUUAAUCGACUCGGUGUGUGCGUCGGAUAAUCCUGACAGGCCCAACUCAUUUGUGAUAAUCACGGCGAACCGAGUGAUUCACUGCAACUCUGAGCUCCCUGAAGAGAUGCACCACUGGAUCGGCCUGCUGCAAAAGCCCAAAGGAGACUCACGCAUUGAUGGACAAGAGUUCCUCGUCAGAGGCUGGCUGCAUAAAGAGAUGAAGUCCGGUGCUAAAAGCACGUCCCUAAAGCUGAAGAAGCGCUGGUUCGUGCUGACCAACACCUCGCUGGACUACUACAAGUCUUCCGAGCGCAGCGCCUCCAAGCUGGGCACGCUGGUGCUCAACAGUCUCUGCUCCGUGGUACAGCCGGACGAGAAGGUCUUCAAGGAGACUGGUUACUGGAACAUCAUCGUGCACGGGCGCAAGCACUCCUACCGCCUCUACACCAAGCUCCUCAACGAGGCCAUGCGCUGGGCGUCGGCCAUCCAGGGCGCCAUCGACAACAAGGUUCCCAUAGAGACGCCAACACAACAGCUCAUCCGCGACAUCAAGGAGAACAGUCUGAACGUGGAGGCUGUGGAGCAGACGUACAGACGGAACCCCAUCCUGAGAUACACGCAGCACCCCCUCCACUCCCCACUGCUGCCCCUGCCCUAUGGAGAGGUCAACACCACCCUCCAAAAGGAGAAGGGCUACUCGAGCCUGCAGGACGAGGCGGUGAAGAUGUUCAACUCGCUGCAGGAGAUGGAGGCGGUGUCUGACCCUACGCCCAUCAUCCAGGGCAUCCUGCAGACAUGCAUGGAUAUCACCCCCACUCUGACGAGGUUCACUAAGCAGCUCAUCAAGCAGACCACCACGUUGCAGAGCCUAACAAUUGUGACCAAUCAGCACUGGCACCUCCUCACCUGCAUGAGCUGCACCUUCCUGCCCAGCCGCGGUAUCCUGCGCUACCUCAAGUUCCACCUCAAGAGGAUAAAGGAGCUGUUCACUGGCACUGAGAUCGAGCAGUAUGCUAUGUUCAUCGGGGAGACCCUGAAGAAGACAAAGCUGCGUGAGUACGUGCCGUCUCAGGAGGAGAUCGCCGCCCUGUUGGUCAGGCAGGAGAUGACCACCACGGUGUACUGCCAUGGAGGAGGCUCCUGCAAGAUCUCUAUCAACUCACACACGACGGCUGGAGAGGUGGUGGAGAAGCUGAUCAGAGGGCUGGCGAUGGAGGACAGCAGGAACAUGUUUGCCCUGUUUGAGCACAGCAGCACCAUGGACCGAGCAGUGGAGAGCAGAGUCAUUGUGGCCGACGUACUGGCCAAGUUUGAAAGGCUGGCGGGUGGCGAAGGAGGAGAGGAGGACAGCCAAUGGCGUCUCUACUUCAAGCUCUACUGCUUCCUGGACGUAGAGAGCAUGCCCAAGGAGGGGGUGGAGUUUGUGUUCAUGUUCGAGCAGGCCCAUGAGAGUGUGAUCAGCGGUCACUUCCCGGCGCCGGAGGACACGCUGCAGCAGCUGGCGGCCAUGCGUCUGCAGUACCUGCACGGGGACCUGUGCCGCGCCACCUGGAGCCUGGAGCACGUGUACCCUGUGGGCCGCCUGCGCACACGCAUACUGCAGUUCACCAAGGUGGGCACCUCCUCUUCCUCCUCUACCUCCUCUUCCUCCCCCACGGGCGGGCCGGGCUCGGCCCAGACCCUGGAGCGUCGGCGGACCAGCUUCCUAGGCAGGGGCCUUCGGCUUCUGAAGACGCUCAGGCUUCUACUUCUGCAUAGCAGCUGCGUGGAGGAGGAGCAGAUGCUGGACAUGUGGCUGCGCGAGGAGACGUCGUCCACGCGCGCGUCCAUCCUGGAGAAGUGGGGCCGUCUGCAGGGCCUGCAGCAGCACCAGGCCCUGCUCAAAUACAUGAGCGUCAUCAAGGAGUGGCCGGGAUACGGGUCAACACUCUUCGAUGUGGAGUGUAAGGAGGGAGGCUUCCCCCAUGACCUGUGGCUGGGCGUGAGUGCUGAGAACAUCUCUGUGUAUAAUGGCGAGGCCAAGCCUCUGGAGACCUUCCCCUACGAGCACAUCAUCUUCUUUGGCGCGCCACAGCCCAGCACCUACAAGAUCACCGUCGAUGGACGCGAGAUGUUCUUCGACACGCCUCAGGUGGGCGAGAUCACCAAGAUCAUAAAGGCCUACAUCAACAUGAUAGUCAAGAAGCGCUGCAGUGUACGCUCCGUAUCCAGCUAUGGCAGCAACUGGAUCAGGUGAUCAGGACUGGCCAAUCAGCUUACUGCUUCUCCAAGGUGCUCAUAGAGGGGCCUCCCUCCCCAGAGCACCAAGCUUUGUGAUUGGUUGACGUAACCAACUGACGAAGAAAUUAACCAAUGAAAGGAGCACCUCUUUUGAUUGACACCUGAGAGGUCCACUGUGAUGCUUUUGUAGGUGUAUCUUACACCAUUUGUGUAGCCUAUGCUGUAUUUAAAUCCUAACUACUGUAGCCACUAAGUGUUUAUUAAUGAACUGACAUUCUGAGACAGCAGCUCCUCCCGGCACCAAACACCCUCAUCCAUCAGAGGACUUCACUAAUCUCCUGAUUGGGUCUGGAGACCUCCACAUUCACUAAUCAUGUGCAUAAGCAUGCACAUAAUGAUCGACCGAGAGUGAAACUUCACACAUGCACAGAUGGCUUCCCAUGUGUCACGUCAGGUCUCACAUGUUGUCUUGCAGCAAAUGGACAGGUCGCAUUUAUUUGUCCAUCUCCAUUGUGUUCUUAAACGGAUGAUGCUGCAGGUGCCGCUGAUGGUGUUGGACUGUAGCAUUCAUGUCUGGCCACCAUGACAAGCCAGCAGAGUGGAGACACUGUGUGAGAGGAUUCCUCAGGUAAAGUGCCUGAGAGCCGUCACCUUGAUCUCACACACUCAGCGUCCUGAUGCCUUAAGCCAUCCCAGCACUCCAAGCUGUAUCUCUCAAAACACACACGCGCACGCACACACGCACACGCACACGCACACGCACACGCCACACACACACUUCCUCUUGCCAGAUGAGGUGUGUGCCCCAAAGAGUUAUACAGAGAUGUCCACUAAGAUCCCGAGCAUGAUGGCAAGAAAGAACAAUACUACAGCCAGCAAACGGAUUGGUAGUGAAGGUCGACUUGAGAAGACACGCCAUACAGACUGACGUGCUACCAUUUGGAACUUGUGUGUGUGUGUGUGUGAGAGAUGUGGUGGUGUUUGGACCUCUUUUUAUUUUCGUGCUUUUCCCAUCUGUGUUUUGUGAGUUAGAACAGGAGAGCAUACGGACACUAAAAGACUAACCAAGAGCUGGACUGUCAGGAGACCUGGUCAGGCAGGUCUUCAUCAUAAUCAUAAUAACCCUUUAAAGGCCUCCGUCAUCCUUUAAUCAUGUGGUGCAGAACACCUGAAGCGGCGGAGUCUGGGCCUCGUUAAGGGCUCUGCCUCCCAUCUGGACUUCGCCUGGAAACACACGUAGGAACAGAGAUCUUACUUCACCCGUGGACAGUGUGUAACAGGAUUGGUCACGCUUGAACACGGCCUUCUUUUGGAUAUACAGUAUAUGGAUGAAUUAGGACAUUUGUUUAUGUUAUCAUAAUGAAAAGAUUGUUUAUGACUGACUCUCUUAUUCAUCAACAGGAAAAAGCAAGUAUUUUUUUGUUUGUUUUUAUUUGUAUUUUUUUUUUGUUAAACAAGCGCUUGUGGUUUGAUGCCUCACAGAAGGAAGUGUGAAAUGAUUUGUGUCUAAAGAGAGAGAGAGAGAGAGAGAGAGAGAGAGAGUGUGUGUGUGUGUGUGUGUGUGUGUGUGUGGGCUUGGGUAUUUAUUCAUGGUCAGUGUUGUUAUAGGCAUGAUGUGUGUUUGAGGAUAUGGGAUAAACACUGACGAUGAUUAUGAUGAUUCUAAAAAGCAUAGUGAUGAGGUCAAGAUGGUGCCAAUGGCGAUAAUUAGGCUAUGCCGAUUAUAUACAAUGAUGAUGAUGGUGAUGAAGAUUAUGAUGAUAAUGAUGAUGAAGAUGAUAACAGUGAUGAUGUAGAUGGUAGUUAGGAUGGAUGAUAACAGAAAAGACAAGGUUGAUACAGCUGAUGGUGCUGAUGAUGAUGAAGAUGAAGAUCGCAAUGAUGGUGCAGUGGCAUGUAUGCUGUCCACCACUGCUCUCCCUUCAGUGCUUCUGAAUGGCUGCCGGCAGCUUCAUCAGAAGAUCCUGUGUAAGAUUGCUUUGAAAGUGGUGCAAAAAAAGAGAAUGCAGAUAACGAAAAAAAAAAUACAAUUUCUUGCUUGUUAUGUUUGGAAAGAAAUCACUAUUUGAUUUUUUGUAACUGGAUUUACAAAAUGCUCUAAUAAAUUAUUGUAUUUCA